CCGUUGUAUGAUGCAAUUAACAUACUAAAUAAAACCCUUUUUUAUAAAAUUUAUUAUUGCAAUCUUCUGAUAAUAGAUGAUAAGUACAAGAUAUGUGUAUAUGGACUAGAUGGCGGCUUCCGGUAGGUUGACAACAGCUUUUAUUCACACGUAAUUUUCAUACAGUUUUCUGAUAUAUUUCUUACUUGUCGAGUGAUAUUUUUUAGCGGAUGAGACCCUUUGAUCGGCUCUCAAGCAUUAGCCCAAAAAAAAAAAUCGCACUAUUCCGGAAGAAUUCCUAACCUCAAAAGAAGACAGUGCUGGGGAACCAUCAUUCAUCUCAGUAUUUUCGCUGUGGAUUUAACAUGAAUACCAAGCGAUAUCGUCUUCAAAGAGACAGGGCCGUUGUCAGCUUCAUCGCAGUCGGCAGACGUUCGACAAUCGACUUCAAGUUGUCGACUCAUAUUCCGAAGCAUCGACUUUCAGGUUAGAUCUGUGUAUAUAUCUAUAUCGCUCAGUAAGUGCACAGUGUAGAUGCCCCACGUUAGGUGGCAGCACCUCCCGACUGCGGAGAGAGAGAGAGAGAGAGAGAGAGAGAGAGAGCAGCCAUGCUGCGAGCGAGCGCCGACGCCGCAGCAGAGUUCCGCAGACCACGGUACAAGUCGGUUGAGCUGGAGAGAGAGAGAGGAGAGAAUAAAGUUAUUGUUCAGGAGAAGAGUGUUCAAUCUCUGGCCUAGCCUAGACGUACUCUUCCUACAUUGGUGACCCCGACGCAGGCUUCUCGACGACGAGUCAACGAGCGCCGACGAGAAGAAGAAGAAACGCACAUCUCGGCAAGUCUCUCCAGCCGCGGAGUCUUUGUCUCGCACGUCGCGGACAAAGACAUUUUGCGAUUGCGUCAUUCUUCACGCACAUCGCACACUCCCGUGUGCACGCUGGCACGCCGGUGCACACGCGGAGCAUUAUCGACAACCAAGUCGAUCUCCUCGACACACGUCUUUUCGUGUCGAGAGCGGCAGCAACAAGUCCUAGCGAACAUGUCCCGCCGUCACUUUGAGCUAUACGCGCGCAGGCACGCCGGCGCGUAUAGUCUCCCCGCAACUAUACGUUGCACAACGUGGAAGCCCUCGCCGAUGGACUAAAUCUUCUGCGCAAAGCCACCGUCACCGGCGCCUUCUCAUCGUCAAGGCCGUGACCUUUGGCGCUCUCCAACAAAGGAUUUGCGUAAAGCCAUCGACACCGGCGCCUUUUGUCCACCCAACCAACACCUCCUCAUCGGCAGCAGUAGUGGUGGAAUUGUAGCGUCGUGUCUGGCGAGACGUGCGAAAAUCUCACACUCAGUUUCAUAAGGCUUAGGGCACGUCAGGCCUCUCACGUGCAGACACGUUGCUUCCUUCUCCCGGACGUUGGUUCACGCAGAAGGAACAACAAUCAUCUCUAGUUGAGAGAGUCCUCUUACACACGCCGCAAGGUCAACUCAGCGCCGCGGCAUAUACAGUCAUGGACAAGGUCAGAGAAGCUCGAACACAGCUGCAGGCAUACAGAAAUGCCUCUUCCGAUGAGCAGCUGAGUGCGGAUUGCUUUCGAGUUGAUUUAGACCUCGAGCAAUUCGAAGUCUUCCUUCAGCAAGCCCUCGAGCAUCGCGAAACACGAGCACUCACCACCAGAUACGCGAGUUCGUCAAAUUUUCCGGUCAUCCAAGAUGCUCAAGUUCCUCAAUUGUUCGUUAACAACAAACCCGUAUUGCGACUUUUCCUGCGUGACAUCCUGUAUCGCGUUACUAGGAAAAAGCUCUACGAAUGCUUGUCAGCACAAGGGUGCACCGAUUUUUCCAUAGAUAGUCUUAAGAAUACAAGAAAGGGUCGCGGUCAUUUCUUGCAAGUUGCUGUCAUCCUCAUGCGCUAUUCAGAUCAAAUCUUGUAAAAAAGAACUGACUUUCACAGAUCCUAGAGGCAGAGUCUCAUACAUCAAAACGAGACCCGAUCAAUUCACUCAGCAAGAACCUUUACCGAGCACUCAGCCUGCAUUCAACAAAUUAACGCUUCUACCCACUCCUCUUGUAGACAUUUUACAAUGUGGAGAUGUGAUCAAACGCUUAGCUCACUAUCUUACUUACAAUAAUUUCCUAAAUCUUUACACAGAUUGCCAUGAUGACCCCCAAUUCCAUGGCACAGCACUUCCAUUCGACUCUGAAUAGAAUGCUUGAGGAUGUCAAUAACUUCAAAUUCACUAGUAUUUCAUUCAAUACUUCAGUCAAUAUAAUAGAAAUUCCGUUUAUUAACAAAUUGUUAUGGCGCUGCGUCAGCCACAGGCCCAUUCCCGACAAGUAUCUUCGUCUGCGCGAAAUGGACCUAUCAGCUGUCACUGUCUCUAAGAAAACUUUCGACUUACUCUCGGACAGUUUUGCAAUAAACAAACUCACGUUGGGCAGCACUCCAGGUGGGUGCGACGAAUUUCUAACAAUAACCAACUUAGAAUCACUGAACUUUAUAAAUAACAAAAAUUUAUCGCUUAAGUUUUUAACCAGAGAAAAAUGCAGUUCUCUGCGUUCUCUAUCGUUUAACAACUGCCAAGAAGUGCCUAUCGAACGUCUGUUCGACUUCGUAAAAAACAAUACACACCUUGCAGAAUUAAAUUUCUCAGAUUCUCAAGGUAGAAAGAGACACACAGUCGAUCUUAUUAUGUCAAUGUUCUCACCGUCCAAUGUCACUGAAGCAUUUAACUUCAAUUAUUCAGCUUGUAAAGUAUUCCGUACUGAGAUCAUUCCUCGAGUAGUAUUCUUGCGUACGAAUGCUCUCAGGACACUCAAUCUCGAAAACAACGACUAUUUCAAAGGUUUUGUUACAGACAUCAUAGACAAUGCGCCAAACCUAGUCGAGUUGAACUUAUUAGGAUUGGACUUCAAUUAUCCGUUACUUCUUUCAAAUUUACCUCAAUUACGGUCGAUCCGGAUAAAUUACAACUACCAUAUUGUAAAUGCACUCAUCAGUGCUGGUCCUAAACAAACCUUUGAAGUACUCAUAAACAAUACGUGGGGAAAGAAAAGAACUCGAGUAAUCAACCUAGCUAACUUAGCUGGAGUGAUUCACGCCUGCGAACAAAUAGAUUUUAAGUUUGUUAACUGUCGAAUCAAUGUUCCGACGCACGUUCGCCAAGAUCUCGCUACACACGGCGUUAGUCUACGAGCGUUAGACAAUACUGUCUCUUUACUAAAGACUUUGUAAAUACUUUAAGUUCAUAUUAAUAAGUUCAUACCGCGAGUUGUUACCAUUAGAAUUUACACAAUCGUUAUAUUGUAAUCUCAGAUUCUAAUAUCUUUAGUUUUAAUCAUAACUUCUGUAAACGCUCUCCAGCUACUGACACUUCGCAAUCGCAAAAAAAUGUUGUAAUCUCUCUCCGUCAUAAUUUCAUUGAUCAUAAUAAUAAAAAUACUUUUCAGUCUUUUUUUUUCCUUUUCGGGGGGGAGUACUGUAGGUGCCCCACGUUAGGUGGCAGCACCUCCCGACUGCGGAGAGAGAGAGAGAGAGAGAGAGAGAGAGAGAGAGAGAGCAGCCAUGCUGCGAGCGAGCGCCGACGCCGCAGCAGAGUUCCGCAGACCACGGUACAAGUCGGUUGAGCUGGAGAGAGAGAGAGGAGAGAAUAAAGUUAUUGUUCAGGAGAAGA